ACAAAGAUGGCGGACAAAUCUGUCAGUGAUAUCUUAGCUCUUCUUUGUAGCCAUGUGAAGUUAGAAAGAGAUAGAGGGCUACAAGCUUUGGAAGGGAAACUGAAAGAUACUUCGAACUUUACUUCAGAUAUUCAACAAGUAGAGGAUUUGCAAAACUCUUUGAUCGAACUUGUGACAUCGACGGAUGGAGCCUGGGAGACACGACAUGGUGGUUUGACAGGAAGCAAGACAUCUAUUUUGAACAAUCUCGGCUCGGAUGAUUUUUGUGAGACCCUCAAAAAAAAAGCAUUAAAAUUAAUGCAUGAUGACGAAGCGAGGGUCAGGAUUGCUUCAGGAGAGGUACUUGGUGCCCUUUGUUCAAUGAAAGGUACAGGAGUUUUUGUGGCCUGCUGUGAUGAAAUCUUGAAGAAUGUGGGUGAAAAUUUGGAGAGAAGAUUGCCUGACCCUGAAGAAGUAGCUGAAGGACUUAUGCAUAAAUUAACUGGUAGUGAAAAGGAGACAGGUGAAGAAAAGCACAAAAAAACAGAUGCUGCACAGAUAUUUCAUGAUACUGCUGGAUGGAAACAUUUGGAGACAAGCAUGAGGUGUCUUCAAUCAGUGAUAGAAGGAUGUGGAAGAGCCUUUAAUGAAUACAUCACUCAGGACCUUCUAGAUCUGAUAUUUCAAGCAUUAAACCAUACAAACAGAUUUGUGAGAGAGACAGGUUAUCAACUCUGUGCAUCACUUGUUAGCCUGGGAAGAAAGCAAGAUGAGUCGUCUGAAGGUACAGAGUCUGUCAAAAUAGAUGUUAAAGAAAAUGCAAUACUCAAACAUGGAGAUCAGUUUUCAGAUUACCUGAAAAAAGGAUUGUCUGACAACUGGAGCCAAGUUAGGUUAGCAGCCUCUGUAGCCACGCGGCAGUUCUUUCAGACUCUGCCCAGUAAAGAAUCAAGAGAGAGGUUCUUCCCCAAGGUACUACCAGCCAUGUGUCUGAACAGGUAUUAUGUGGCAGAAGGUGUUAGAAUAUACUCCCAGCAAAGCUGGAAAAUGAUAGUUGGAACAGAAGGAAAGCAUAUGGUGGAAAAAUACAUCACAGAGACAGUUGAAUUUUAUAUAAGUCAAACCAAGGCAGACAACCAUGCUGUUAGAGAGGCAGCUUGUGCCUGCAUAGCUGAACUUGGGACUAAGGUUAGCCAAGACAGUUUAAGGUCGCAUGUGUCAGAACUUCUUCAGGCUUUGGUGUUUUGUUUCAAAGAUGACAGUUGGCCUGUAAGGGAUGCUGCUUGUGUGGCCUGUGGAAAUUUUGUGCUGUGUUUUCCUCAGGAGUGCAGUUCCAGCAUGGAUGAACUGUAUCCUUUAUUUUUUGAGAAUCUCUCAGACAGCAUCCCUUCAGUAAGGCAAGGUGCAGCAGUGUCACUUAGUAAUGUUGUUAAAGCUUAUGGGGAAACUGCACUGAAUAUUGUUAUUAAGAGAGUGACAGAAGGUCUACAAGGAAUUGAGAAGCAGGAAGCCACCACAGAAAAGUAUACAGGAGUAGAGAAGGGCCCAGCCACAUUUGGAGUUAUAAAAAGACUGAGAGACAAUGAUAUGGAACUACAUACAAACAGACAGAUGUAUUCCUGUGGGUCUCUUGCUCCUAAAAUGAGAAGAGGAGGUGGAUGUGCAGAUCAUCUUUUCAGAAGACCUGCUGAGCCAUGGGAAAGGGCUGAUGGUUGUGUGGAUCUUGUUGCUGAGCUUUCAACUAAUCCCAAGGCUCAUAAAGAAGUGAUCACCUUAAUGCCACUUGUAGCAGAGGCAGCCCACUAUAAACAUUAUACUCAGCAUCUACAUCUACUGGAAACUGUGUGCACACAGCUACCAGUUAUAGCCAAAGGAAUAGGAAAGAAUCAAUUCAAAAGACAUUUUGAGCUUUUCAUUGACUCAAUCUUUUACAGUCUGAAAAGUGACAAUGCACUAACAUCCACAGCAGCUUCUGAAUGCCUUUCUCAGUUAAGCUCAUUGCUGGGUCCUUCGAUACUUAGAGGACGGAUAGAAAUGCACAACCCCAGUUAUCUUGAUCUUUUGCCGCCAACUCCACCAGGACAUGUGUGAUUUACAAGGCUGGAUCCAGCACACAACAAUUCUUUUUGUUUCCAGGCUCCUUGCAAUGCUUUUGCUGUGAAUAAAGGAAGGGAAAAAGACAAUAAUUAUUACCUCUGAAUCAUCAGAUUAUUAUUCUUUUCCAUCACUUUAAUAUGGGAAAGAGAAAAUGGUUCUCCAUAUUUCAGUAAGCUUGGUUGAUUGACUUAGAUAGUUACAUCAAUACCAAAGAGUCUAUAAAAGAAUCUGGUGUUGUUGUCUUAACUCUUAAAUUCUUAUCAUCAGUAUGUAUAUUCUCCACACAUUUCCAAAAGUGCUGACAUGGAGAAUUUGUUUAACAGAUUUGUUCUUUAUUUGGUGAUCAUUUUGUUUAUUCUCCUUUUUGUGUGUGAUUGAGGGGUGAUAUUGUAAGGAGAAAUUAGAUGCAGGUCACGCUUAGGGGUCAAAGGGUUAUAGAUUGUUCAAAUAUCAGACUGAUAUUUUAUGCACCAGGUUUAACAGUGAUAAUAUCAGGCUGAUGUAUUGCAUGCAAGAUUAAAAUAAUUCCAUACAAUAAUAUAUUUUUAUUCUCUGUUCAAAAGGGUCAUUUCUUUCUCCUGCCAAGGACUGCAUCUUUUUCAUCUUUCCUCCCUAAAAUGACCAGAUUUCCAGAGAAGUGAUUUUAGAUAACUCCAUGUUUGAUUUCAGUGCUUGACAUCCGGUUCUCGUUUUCAACAACAAACUGAUAGGGUUGUUAUGACCUCUUUGUUUGAUUCAGGGGUGAUACUCUUGUGAGAAAUAAAAUACUUGUCGUUCUUUGGAUCAAGGUUACUUCCCACCUACAGAAGCAGAAAAAAAAAUUUUUUUCUUUUUUUUUUAAUGAGUUAAAGGCAGACAUUUUGCGAACGUUUCCAAAGAAAGAAUUAAAAUCU